GUCGCCGUGGUUUACCUGGACCACAGACAUAGGGGCAUGGCGCUGGUGUGCCGCGCGCUGUACAACGCCAUAGGCCGCGGCACGGCGGUGUCCACCGUGUUCCGGCGCAGCCAGGGCAGGCCGCGCAUGGCCUCGGGGGCCCUCACGGACGCGGCGGUGCAGUGGCUGGGCGCCGUGGGCAGCGACAUGGGCCUCGGCUCGGUGGUGGCCUUCUUCGAGGGCCUGGAGCCCGCGGGCGGGAGCUCGGGCAGCGCGGCCGCGUCCGCCGCCAAGAGGCGGAAGACGGAGACGCCCUCGCAAG